AUGCAGCCUGGGCGGCGGUCGCCACGCUGGUCGCUGCUUGGCCGCAGAUCCGGGUUCCUGUACAACGUCGUGCCCACCACCGUGCCGGACGCUGCCUGCGUCACCCAGCCACGGGCGCACGAGGAGUUAGACUUCUCGCUCAACAGGUCGACCUCGGGAAUCCCGAAGAACGCCACCGAAUCCUCCGGGAAGGUGGCUCGGACGGCGCUGGCACUCUAUUUCGUUUCCGAAGAUGGCUCGGAGUGGCACACCGCCGUGGUACACGCGCCUUACUUCUACGUGUCGGUGGUUGGCGACUACCACGUCGACGCGGUGAUCGACUUCCUGAACGCCAAAUUCAGCAGCAACAACGUGGGGCCGGCGUUGCUGGAGCACUGCAACCGCGUCGACCUGUCGCUGCCGAACCAUAUCGAGCGCUUCGACCCGCAGACUGGGCGGCCAAUGCAUGGCAUCCGAAACCUCAUCAAGAUCAGCUUCAACACAAUCGACCAGCUUGAGAAGGCCCGUUCGGUAGUCCAGGCGCUCAAAAGGGAUGCCGAAAAGGCGCAGAGAGUUCCAGAUGGCGGUUCGGGAUCUUUCUCGGGUUCCGCCUCGGGGACCCAAUUCGUGACGGAUGACUACACGUUACAGCAGUACGAGGCUGCAUCGCUGUCAGGACUUGGUUUAGGCUCGGCCGUUACCCGUGACUCUAUUGCAAAUGACGAGGGCGGAAAGGACGCCGAAUGUCUAUCGCAUCUGGGGGACAUAUACGAGCACGACGUGAAGUACGUCAAUCGGGUUGCCAUCGACCUCUCCAUCCGUUGCGGCACGUGGUACGAGGUGGAGCGCCUGCCGGAUGCAGUGCGCCUGACCGCUCUGAACAAGGCUGCCCUGCCGCCCGUGAAUGUCUUCGCGUGGGAUAUCGAGUGUUACAAGGCCCCGCUCAAGUUCCCCGACGUCGAGACCGACGAGAUCAUCCUCAUAUCCAUCAUGUUCAACGGGCAGGGCUACUUGAUCGUGAACCGAUGCGUUGUGGCGCAAGACAUUAGCGAGUUCUCGUAUCAGCCGUCGGAAGAAAUGGCGGGCGGCGGCUGCUUCAAAGUUUUCAACGAGCCCAACGAGACCGACCUGCUGCAGCGGUUCUUUACGCUGAUAGUGUCGCUCGCGCCUCACAUCAUCGUGACGUACAAUGGCGACUCCUUCGAUUUCCCGUACGUCCAGCGCCGGGCGGAGUUGAACGGGUUGUCCAUGGAGAAGUCGCUGGGGGUAUACCGUUCCGGUUCCGACGUCUUCACCAGCCGCGUGAUGGUGAACAUGGAUUGCUACAAGUGGGUGGAGAGGGAUUCGUACCUGCCGUUCGGGUCGCGUACGCUGAAGCAGGUUUGCAAAAUCAAGUUGAAGUACAACCCCGCGGAGCUGGACCCGGAAGAGAUGGUUCCCUGUGCUCGCAACGACCCGCAAACGCUGGCGGUAUACAGCGUCUCAGACGCCGUCGCCACGUACUUUUUGUACAUGAAGUACAUACACAGCUUCGUCUUCGCGCUCUGCUACAUCGUGCCGCUCCCCCCCAACGACGUCCUGCGGCAGGGAAGUGGCACACUCUGUGAGAACCUGCUGAUGGCCGAAGCCUAUGCGCACGGAGUGCUGUUCCCCAACAAGCACAAGCAGUCUGGCAUCCGCUACUUCAGGGACCCCGUCACUUCCAAGCACCACCUCAUUUACGAGAACUCCUACAUAGGCGCUCGGGUGGAGACGCUGCGCUGCGGCCUGUUCCGCGAUGACCUCGAGGAAAGGUUCGAGCUCAGCAGCCAGAAAUACCAGGAACUGCUCGACGAUCUCGACAUGACGCUGAAAUCGUGGGCGGAUUCCAACCUGUCGAACGACGGGAGCACCGACGCCGGCAGCGACGGUUCGGAUUCCGACACUGCCAUGGAUGACCAGCAGGUUGAUGAUCCGAGCCAAACAGCGACAAGCGGCGCUUCCGUAGACAAUGGCAGUGGUACCGCUGAUAAGUCGGGCGCAGAUGGCGGCGACACCGAAAUGAUGAGCGCCGAAGACACGUCACAAGGUGCGACACCGUCGGGCGCCAACGGCACCUCCAACUCGCAAAAGCCCAACAGUGAUCUGCGUCGGCCCCCGAGUUGGCUGAGGCGACGUUUCGCCAGGUUCGCUAACUUCGAGGACGUGUACCGCGACAUACAAGAACGCCUGUGCAGGCUGCGCGAUCGACCCACGUUCCACACGUUCCCGCGCAUCUAUCACCUGGAUGUGGGCGCCAUGUACCCGAACAUCAUCCUUUCACAGCGUCUGCAACCCACGGCCAUUGUAACCGACGAGUUCUGCCAGCAGUGCUCGUAUUACAACGAGUCGUCGGUCUGCCAAAAGCGCAUGCAGUGGAAGCAGAAGCUGGAGAUAUCGCCGGUCGACCGCAGCCACAUUCUCCCGCUGAUGAAGGAUCUUGAAUCGCGUACUUACCGAUCGACUACGAUACAGUAUACACCUUCCGAUCGCAUCGAGGGCGGGGAUUCGGACAGCUCGGGGGAGGAGUCAGAUUCCCCCCAUCCUACAGGAGGGCGUGAGACGGUGCGCACGUGGCACCAGCUGGGCGACCGCGAACGUGGCGCCGAGCUGCAGAAGGUUAUCAAGGCGUAUUCGCAGCGCGUGUUCCACAAGAUGAAACUGAACAAAGAAGUGGACGCAGAAAGUAUCGUGUGCCAACGUGAGAACCCAUUCUACGUGCAGACGGUUUUGAAGUUCCGCGACAAACGUUACGUAUAUAAAAAGCUCAAAAAGGACGCCGAAACGGAGCUUAAAAGCCUGCUGCGCCAGCCCAAGGGGAACACCGUGCGCAUCAAGGAGGCUAGGGACUGCAUUCUGUUGAACGACUCGCUGCAGCUGGCCCACAAGUGCAUUCUCAACAGCUUCUACGGCUACGUGAAGCGUGGCGGAUCGCGCUGGUACAGCAUGGAGAUGGGCGCCAUUGUCACGUAUGCGGGGGCUGAAAUCAUAGAUGCAGCUCAACGCCUAAUCCGGGAUAUCGGAACGCCCAUUGAGCUGGACACUGAUGGUAUCUGGUGCAUGCUUCCGGACGUCUUCCCAGCGGUGGUUGAUUUGAAGUACAAGAAGGGCUCAUCAGACUCUGGCGGGGCAAAAACCGUGGAACUCGAGUACAUGACCACCAUCCUGAACCGCUUGAUUGAGAGCCGGUGGACCAACGACCAGUAUCUGGAGAUGGAGGACGUGGGACGCUACCGCCGCGUGCGGCGUAACGAAAUUCUGUUCGAACUCGAUGGACCCUGGCAUGCGAUGUUCUUGCCCGCUUCCGAGAAGUCGGAGGACCUGUUGAAGAAGCGGUACGUGGUCUUCAACCACCAGAAGCAAAUUGUCGAGUUGAAGGGGUUCGAGAUCAAGCGCCGUGGUGAGAUGCGCAUGAUCCAGAUGUUCCAGGAGGAGGUUUUCCCGCGAUAUCUGUUGGGGUCAACCAAAGAAGAGGCGUAUCAGAGUGCUGCGGCGGUCGGGUUAAGCUACCGGCGAUCCCUGGACUCCAGAGCGACUAACCUGGAGGACGACGAUAUGUUCGACUUGCUCGUCGCCCGAAAGACCGUGAAAAACCCGGUCAUCAAGCAAGGCCAGCAGAAGUGCUUCGGUAUCACCACGGCUCGUCGUUUGGCCGAGCUCUUUAAGAACGAGUCCUAUUUGCACGAUGGCAACUUGUGCAUGUCCUUCCUGCUCGCCGCUCAUCCCACCGCCGCGCCACGCACAGCGCGUGCGAUACCCAUUCAGACUUUCAAGGUGGAAGAUUCACUGCGUGCGCAGUGCCUCGCACGGUGGCUGAAGCUGCAAUUGAGCACGGCGAUGAAUUCCGGCGUGCGCGAUAUUUUGGACUGGGACUACUACCGUGAGAAGCUGGACACCCAACUGCUGAAAUUGGUGUGCAUUCCAGCCGUUUUGCAAGGCUUGGAUAACCCCAUACCGAUGAUCCAGCUGCCUGGGUGGCUAAAGCGGCGAAGGGAGGUCUCUGACAACCGUCAGCUGGAUAUAGCGUCCUUUUUCUCGGCCUCCAAGGAUACUAAAGGCCAUGUGGAGGCCGCGAAAAAACGCAGCUCGGAACCCACUGCCUCCGCUGAAUCGGCUUCGCAUGCAUCAAAUGGCGCUGUUACGUUCAAGCUUGAGAAUGUAAAGCAGCCUAAUCCGGCUCCCGCGCCUCUAAGCUGGAUAAAGGCGCUGAAGAAGCAGUGGAGGUCGCUCAUACAGGGGUUCCAUAAAUACCGCCGCAACCUCAGACACGAUCACGGCUACUCGUCGUACAUCGGGUUGAAGCGCGAGAUGCUUGAGGCAGCCAUUGCUAAGGAUAAAACAACGGACGCUUCUUCGGCGGAUAUCGCCACCGCAGCCCCCAAGUCCAGCAUCGACUUCUCCAACAUGUACAUGCUGCUCACCGAGCGCUGGCAUGUUUACAGCUGCCGCCUGGACCCGGACAACCCCGGGGUUAUGAUCUGCGUCGUUUCGCUGCAGAACAAACCGGUGUUCGCAACCGUCCGCGUGGAGCUCUGGCGAAAGAUUUACGUGAACUGUUUGAACGAGUGGGAUGUCAAGUCUAAUGAGAACAUCAAAGUUAGCAUCAUUAACGAGCGGUAUAUCUUGCCACGCGGUUCGCUGCAAAAGAACCUGAUCGAGCUGGAAAUGCGCGAAUCUUAUUUCCAGCAGCAUAUCCGCAACUCGCUCAGUUCGAUCUUCCACAAAACCGUGCUAGGCAUAUACGAGGCGCAGCUCCCGAUGUCAUUCGACUUUGCGGUGAAGCUGGGAAAUGUCGUUAACGUCGCCGAGAGCGACCUGUCGGCCGCCGUGACACAAUCUUCGGAGUUCAAGUCGUGUUCGCUGCAGGGCAUCACGUCACUGAACGCAUCUGACCCCCGCUAUAUGGAAGAUGUGGACGUCGUAUUCGUACACGUCUUGCACGGUGUGAACCCCGACACUCGCCGGCGCAACAGGGUGUUUGCGGCAGUCUACCGCAAGGGUAACGACACGGUGAACCAGUUGUUUGUUGGCGGAGCGUCCUCCCAGUUUCCGAGACUCGAGUCCGAGUUCUCAGGUUAUCUGCAGUCGGCGUUGGGCAAGCAGCGCUCUCGAUAUGAGGGCCGCGAAAGCAUACACCACGAGAGGUACUCCAACCCGGAGCGUUUCCCUGAGUGUUUCGGGGAACUCUACGACCAUCAUCUGGAGUUGGGUGCAACCGCAUCGGCAGGGUGCCGUGGUGCGCUGCGCAAGCUGGAGAACUACCUCCAGACGCUUCAACCCCAGGUUUUGUAUCGCAAAUGUGUCUUGUACGUCUAUUCAACCGUUGAAGACUCCGACCUGGGAGAGUGGGUAUCAGGUGAGGGGUGCCCGGUGCAAUGGGACCGUGAUGUGAACGCCGACCACCGCCAGCUUCCCUCGAAUGGUUUCGUGGGGAAAGCCAUCGAAGCCUCACUGGAGUUGCUGUCCAAGCAACGGUCUGAGGUGGAGUUGAAGUUUGCCAUGUCUAGGAUUGCAUCGCUGCCGGUGGGUAACCUGCUCGGCAUUAGCGUGGUUGAUGCCAACAAGCUCGUAUUGGACGUCAUGUACGCUAGGGCGCUCCGUGCGUCUUCUGCGCUCCUUUGGGGCACGGCUGAGGCAGGUUGUGACAUCGGGCUGCCACACGCAGUCCACAUGCAAGCUUCCGAGUACGACAUCGAACUCCAAGAAAAUACAUUCCGCAUGUCUUCACCGGGCGUGUACAGAGGGUACGGCGCGAAAAUCUCGUUCAACCAGACGCUGAUGUACAACGCCAUCAUGCUGGAGUCCCGUUCGGUCGAUGCGCCCGACUUGGCUGGUUGCGACUUGAAGAAGUCGGCGCCGGAUUACGGCCCUGAAGAGCUACAGCACGACAUGAGGAUGGCGCAUACGGCCGAGUUCCACCCCCUUGCGUUCCGUGCCCUCGGCGGUAUGCUCGACAACCUCAUCAAACUGACCAACACCGUCUUCGAGAAGGUCGAAUACGGGACCUUUCAAGGUCUGAUGAACAUCUGCAGUUUCAUCAACCCGUGGUUGAGCGACCCGGGGUCUAUCAUGUACGAUUCGGCGUUGUAUUCUAGGGCGAUCCUAUGCACGCAGCAGUACCUCGCGUCACUUCUGCAGCACGUCGAGCACUUCCACCAGCUGCGCGCCGUCCACGUAUCGCAAUCAUACGUCGUUGUCGAUACGAACACGCUGAGCGUCACCAAGGGCCGCAACCGCGUCCACGAAGCCUUUGACAACUUGGGAUCCGGCGACUCCCGUUUCCGCAACAUCCCCUUUUACUUGGAAGAGGAGUACCUAGCGCAAGUCCAGCUGGCGUCCGACUGUUACAUCAGGUACAAGAACUAUGUGGACGCCACGCACGAGAACUGCACCGAGAGUCUGAAGCCCUUGGAGUACCUGCCCGGAGCGGUGGAGAUGUUCAUCCGAUAUUUCAUGAAGACCAUAGCUCUCAACCCGCUCUGGAAGACCCUUGGCGAGUUCUACGAGUACGACGUGGACGAGGCCGCGACUGAUGUAGCGCCUCGUGAGCCGUUGGCACUGCUAGAACGCGACAACGGCGAGCUGUGCAAGACGCUCGAGAAGCAUAUCGUCCACGAUUGGCUGCAGCCCGGCAAGUUCUUCUCGCGCAUGUGCGACUUGCUCGAGAACACCGAAGAGUUCCUCUCGACCUUCGACAGCCAGGGCACCUUUGGCCGACUAGAGAUCCCGAACAUGCCGGGAAGUAUGGUAUACGGCAGCUCAAACUGGCGUCUGGAGGCCGUGAAGCUCGUGGCGCACAUUAUGCGCAUAGACAGGGCCAUAGAUUGGAACGACCUUGCCAAGAUCACAGCCUACGAUGAGAAGCGGCAUCGGCUCUUCACUAUUGCGGGGGAGAGCGAGUACUCUGCUGUCGAUUGGAUAUCGCCAAUGAGGAGGAUCGAGUUGCGUUCGGUGUGCUGCAGCGAGUGUUUCAUGGUGUUCAACCUCGACCUGCUGUCAAGCUUCUCGUCUGAGGAAGAUGAAGACGGCGUGGUGACGCAUUUCUGGCGUUGUGAACUGUGCGGAGCACGUCUGAGCAACCGCGAUAUCGAGCUCAGGAUGAUAAAGUUCCUGCAGCAUCUAUUCUGCGCAUACCAGGCCCAGGACACGCUCUGCCGCGAAUGCAGAACUGUGAAGCAGCUGCCGCUGAGCCGCAUCUGCCAAUGCGGCGGAGAGUACGUCCCACGCCUGUCCCCAGAGCGCUGGGAGCACAGCUACGCCGUUAUGGUGCAGAUCGCAGACCUCACGGAGAUGAAGUGCCUUCAGGAGGUGCUAGGGGCGUACCGCGACAUGUGGUAA